AUGCCCCCGAAUCUCAUUGUCCUGGACCUGUCGAACAAUCCAAACGUGGGCCUCACCCCGGAGGUCUUGAAACAGGUCAUUGAGCAGGGUGUCUAUGUGGACCUCCAAAACUCCACACUUUUAGACGAAGAACCUGCAAGGGAGCUGAUGGAUGGCAGACAUCUUCGCAUGUCCAGUUACAUCGAGAUGUCCAAGCCGGCCAAAGGCUACGAAUGCCACCAAGUCUUGAAUGAGAAGCUCCGCGUGUCUCCGGACCGAUUUCUGCCAGAUGUCCUGUGUCAAUGCCUGCCAGGUUGGGAGGGGAAUGGGACGAAGUGCGUCAAGUGCCCAGAGAAUUUCUUCAAUGCUGAGAGCAACAGCACAUGUAAGAAAUGUCCGAAAGACAGCAAGUCCCCAUUGGCCUCAACGUCUCCGGAUGCCUGCAGUUGUCCGUCGGGACAAGAGAUCUUUCGCCGGAAUGAGACCUUGCAGUGUGGAUGCCGCCACAGUUUUGCCCUGGGUAUCUCUGGAGACUGCUUGGAGUGCGAAGAGCUGAAGCUGCAGUGCCCGCAGCCGGGGAUGAGCACCUGGCUGGCGACACCCAAAGCGGGCUACGUGCGGAUGGAGUCGAACUCCUCCAAGGUCUACCUGUGCCUUUCAGCUGACCAAUGCAACAGCCAGAACUGCAGCACGGGAUUUGCUGGGCCGCUCUGUGUGGAUUGUGCAGCUGGAUAUCGAUCCGUAAGAGGAUCCUGCGAAGCGUGCAGCAAGGAGCCACCCAACCUAUUUUUCUGGUCGAUUGUGGCGGCGGCUCUGCUUUCUCUCGUUGGGGUCGUGGCCUACCUCUUCAUCUCACGCAGUGCGGCAGCUGCGGCAACCGCGCCCGCGCCGCCCUCGAGGGCAUUGAAGUGGAAGGUCUUGCAGGACUUGGCAAAGGCACAAGCACCGGUGCUACUGCAACUCUGUCAGCUAUGGGCGGCGUUGGCUGUUCUGUCAUUUGUUGGCAAGAGAUCUGCAGAUGCGUUGUCACGUGAAGAAGGUCACGAGAAGGACACCGAAGGAAGCAACUCGUGGAUUAGCACUUUUUGGGAGUUGCCUUAUGUCGAGACGUUGCAGCUGAGUCUCAACGCUUUCAAGGAUUCUAUGGCUCUGCAGUGCAGCUAUGAUGGCGCCAGGGUGCGUUUCUUUGGUGCACUGGCUGCGCCCUUGCUCCCUUUGCUGAUUCUGGCUGCAUGUGGCAUUUUGGAACUUCCAUAUCCCACCAAAGGAAUUAGCGCAGCACUCAAGGUGCUGACCCUUCUCUUCAUCGGUGGGGUUUCAAGUUGUGCCAAUCUCCUAACCUGCCAAUAUGUUGAUAGCGCUGAUGAGCCCCUGGGAGAACACGCAUUUCGAUUGCACAUGCCUUUCUUGCGUUGUAGAGAUGACUCGUGGCAAGCUCUGUGGGUGGAUGUGGUGGCCUACAGCUCCAGCUUCGUGUAUGGGGUCUUCAUCCCAUUGCUGUUGCUGCAUUUGUUUACCCGGCAGCACCUGCUGAUGCGGAGCUGCCGUACAGUGGCUGCCGUGACGCAGCUGACGCAGCCGGAGGGCCAGGGCAUGGCCGUGUCACUGCAGUCGCUGACGGCAGAUGGCAAGCUGUCGUUCGAGGAGUCGCAGCUGCGCGGUCGCUUGGUGGCUGCGUGUGCGGCACGUCUGGCGGUGUCCCAGCAGGGCCAUCGCGUGAAGCUUCGAAUGAUGAAAGAUGUCGUGUACCUGGAGGACCUGGGGCAAACAUCGACCGGCUCUUCCUUCGCAGAUGCGACCAUUGAGGAGAGCAUGGUGGCGAGCUGGAUCGCGUCCGAGGAGGAGAUCCAAAGUGGCCUGGCGCUGCGCUGCCGCAGCAUCUCUGAGAUGCUCAUGGAGCGCCGGGUCCUGGACGAAGGGCAGCGUUCGGAGAGGAGCCGGCGGUGUUUCACCGCGGCGUUCAACGCCUUGGUGGGUUCAAACAUCUCCAUUGAAUGUACCCUCUGGUAA